CAACUCACUUCCUCUCCUCUCAUCUCUUGCCGGCCGCCACUGCUAACCCUAGACCCCAAAGAUUCCUCUUUUUCCCCUCGGAUUCCAUCGUCGACCGACCCGGCCGGCGGCCAUGAGCGCCGUCGUCAGCCCGCCUGUCCUCCCCGACCCCCGCGGCGCCCCGAGCUGGGUCCUCCUCGACACCGCGGGAUACAUCGCCAAACGCGGCAACGCCACCUUCGCCAAGACCUUGGGGAGCAACGGCCAGCCCAUCGGGGUCACCUUCUGCACCGCCGCUCCGCCUCACGUCUCCCACUUCUGCGUCCACUGCCCCGGCCUCGCGCCCGCCGACUUCCUCGAGGAUCCCAAGGUGAUCGCCGCCGAGGCCGACCUCGUCCUCUUCCGCCUCUGCGUCGACCCCCUGGCCGUCGCCGGCGAGCGCCUCUUCGACUACUUCCUCUACACGGCGCACCCUCGCCGCCCCUCGCUCCAGCUUCUCCCGCACCCCUACCCCUACCUCUUCUACGACUGCGAGGCCGCCCUCCUGCGCUGCGGUGAGGAUGAGUACGCCAUCGCCGCUCUCAGGAACAUCGAUGACUACUUCACCGACGAGCCGCAGAUGUCCUUCAACCUUUACCUCUACCGCUCGUCCAGGCCCGGCGAGGGGUGGACCGCCAGGGUGGUGUCGGUGGAGGAGCCACUCAGGGACACGGUCUGCCCGGUGGAGGAGCCCAAGCGGUUCCAUGAGACGACCAAGGCGAUCACGCUUGGAGGCGGCGCCGUUGGCUGGGUUGAUCUCUGGCGUGGCAUCCUCGUCUGCAACGUGUUCGAUGAAAAGCCUGUGCUCCGGGACGUGCCGCUGCCGCUGCCGGCAAGGGGUAACUGGGAAAUCUACCACAGAUGUGGCCCUUACUUUGCUCGGGACAUCGCGGUCAGCCCGCAGAAAGACGUCAUCAAGUAUGUCGAGGUUGAAAUUUGCCUGCCAAGGAAGCCGACUACUACAAAGACGACUGAAACCUGCCACCCCCCGGAGCCGGAGUCCUACCUGGAAUGGUUCCGCCAACAGCAACACGAAGAUGAGGACGACGACGAUGAUGAUGAAGACGUUGGUGGCUGGAAGGCCACAACAUGGAGCUUGCCUGUCCCUAUUGCUUCAUGGGAGAACUGGCACUUUGACUACACCGUCGAUGUCGAUGACGUUACUGUCAACCCAUUGCAUUGUAAUCUGCUUCCAAGGCAGCUGCAGCCCACAGAGGCACAAGCAUUGCUGCCAGGACUCAUCACUGCUUUCCCCAUCAUGAGUAUGGAUGACGAUCUUGUCUACCUCUUGUCCAAGGCCAGCCCCAAAGACCAGAUGCAAGUUGUGAUUGCUGUUGACGUGAGGAGGAAGAUGCUGCUGGGAGUGGCCAAGCUUGUUACUGGAAAAGACUUCACUUUUAUGCGCACUUGCACCAGUGAGAUCUCAAAAUAUAUCAACAAUAAAUCUUCAGGGGAUGUUUCCAAAGCAUCGGCCAGUUUAUCUGCUGCAAGCAGAGGGGUAGCGGAUAAACAAACUGAAGGUCUCAUGCAGAAAUUUACCAGUAGACAGUGUCCUGGAGAAAAUUCAAAGGAACGUCAAAAGCUUUUUGAAUAUCUACGCAGUAGAAGAUCGUAAACAGCUAACUGCUGCUACUAGUUUUAUGCAAUGAAUGAGCUGCUUUGCUACCUGUGUUAUAAUAUGUGAUGAAGAAGUGUUGUGCUAAGUCAAUUUGCUAUUGCUGGGACAUCGCAUUUCUGAUAUUAUUAGAAGGAAUUGACAUUUUCCCUUUUUCUUUACCAAGAGCAUUUCCUCUUUAUAUACUCCUCUACUUAAAGCCGGCUACUACAGAGCUAGCUUUAAUG